AUUAGUGACUCUCCACGGACGUAUGCGGGCCAGUAUGAUCAAUAUGGAGGCAAGAUCAUAUUGACCCCACCCUACAUAUCCCAACGGAGAGUCACUAACAAUAAUUAAUAGUAUACAGAUUUCGUAAUAUUUCACUGAAUGAUAAAUGUUUGUUCCAAAUAACUCGUAACAUAAAUGUUUUGUUUUUUAUUUGCCACGGCCUCAAAAGGUUGAAGGGUGUUGACUCAUAACAAUAUAAUAUGACUUUCUGAGAGGAUAUUAGAUAUUUUUGAGAGGAUAUUAGAUAUUUUUAUCUAUUUGUUUGGUAUAUUAUAUCGACUUAAGUGUUUGGAAGUUACAAUUUGGAAAUUACUAGCCCUUUUCCGUUUCAAAAAUGACCAUGACUUAUUUUGAAUUAUAUUGAUUUUGGGAAAUUACUACAUAUGGUUUCGUAGAAAACAAUCAGUGUUAACAAAAACAUUACAUUACGCUUGAAAAUAUACCAGUUUUAUUGUGUUUAUGGAAAAAAAACCAAGAAACAUUUAUUCACGUACGUCAUUUUAAAUCUUUAUUAGGGUUUAGUCACAAAGUGAUCAUACAAGUGUGAGAUGCAAGUAUGUACUCGCGUGUUAAAGGCGUCUACAAUAACAAUGUUACAUUGGAAGAACUAAAUGAGGACUUAUUUCGCCUGCAUAUUCCCGCCUUAAUAUUUGUCGCACUUUGUAUUGUGACUGGAUUUGUAGGAAAUCUACUGGUUCUAUUAGUAUAUAAAAAGAAAUUCAGAAGAUCUAACCACCGGUACUUUAUUCUGUUUUUAGCAGCGUUAGACUUUCUGGCCUGCACCACCGGAAUGCCUUUCCUUAUUGCAAGCCUACGGUUGCCAUAUUUGAUGACGUCAUCGGCGUUAUGCAAAUCGAUGCGAUAUCUUCAUUACAUUGUCAAUAACAGCUCAGGUCUUCUGUUAGUGGUCAUUUCGGUAGAAAGAUACCGAAAAAUAUGUCAUCCAUUCAAAACUCAGCUGACCACAAGGCAUACGCUUUAUUUAUGCUACGGAACUGUUUUCUUCAGCGCUAUAAUAGCCAUUCCGGCUGGAGUGUUGUACGGUGCCAGUACAAUAGAGACAGGUGUUGGUAAUAUGACAGGGUACCAGUGUUUCGUCGACGACAAUUUAGAGCACAAACUACUUUUUGAAAUCUACCAGAGCGUUCUAAUGAUAGAAACUAUUUUAAGUAUCGUAAUUUUUGUUAUUUUGUACGCUUUUAUUAUAAGAAAACUUUGGACGAGUGAUCAGUUCAUACAAGCAAUGAGAAGCAUGCAAAUGAGUUCGACCAGGAAGUCAGUUCAUGAAACAUCAUUUUCAACAGACUGUGAUCGCGAGGCCGAGGGAUAUGAUUCGUCUUGCUCCAGUUUUCCGAAUACUCAGACCGGAAGUAAAGAAGCUGAUGAACCUUUGGUGAAUAAUGGAAAAGAAGUGAACGGAAUUGAGAAUUUCGAGAAAUCUGUUUCUUGUCGGUCAAUAAAUACCGGAAAUGAAGCUAAUGACACUGAGUCAAAUCGAAAAGCAAACUCACUAUGGCGAAUGUCACGUGAACUCUUCAAAAGAAGAGACCAUUCAAGUGGUAAACCAGGACUGUCUAGAGCUGUAUCGGAUACAAGACUUAACAGGGUGAAACAAACAAACAAAUUUCCUACUCUUACACCUGCAGAAAGACUAGCGAUGCGUAAACUGCUGAAAUCAAAACAACAACCAACAGAAACGCAACAGCAACCAAAACCUAAAAACAUGAAAACAACUGCGAGAGUAACUCUAAUGUUAUUUACCGUUUCCAUGGUAUUUGCUAUUGCAUUUGUUCCGCAUCUUGCACUCAUGAUAGUUACCGCAGAGAAAGAAGAUUUUCUGGAUAGUAUGAACAAAACUGAAAUAAUGGUAUAUCAAAUUUUCUUAAGGAGUUUUAUUUUGAACAAUGUUGCAAAUCCCAUUAUAUAUUUAUUUUGCGAUUCUAAAUUUAGAAAAUUGUGUAAAGGUUUUUUACGAAAAUACAUUUUAUGUAACUGUAACAAAAAAUAAAAAAGCGGCGAAACAUCAAAUAAAGUUGAAUUAAAAACACUUUAAAACGUUUAAUAAAAUUCUUUGUUAUAAUUUCAAACAUAUUUACGGAGAACUAAACUAAUUUAUAUUAUGUCUAAUUCAAUGAAUGUUUCUGUAGUACAGUUAAGUGCUUUAAGUGUUGCUAAUAGAUAACACAUUGAUUUUGGGAAUUUUACCAUUAAUAAUUACUAAUUUGUUGUUCUUUA